CAGAGGCUUACUUAAUUCAUGGCAGACCUGAUCGUAACAUGUGGAGUAUUUCCAGGAAACUACGUACAAAAAUGAAAACUCUAAGUCUAAUAGGCUUCCUAGUCGUGCUCGUUCCGGGCGAUUCCCACUCCUCGACCGAGCUUGAGGAGAGCGGGACCUUGAUUACGGUCGAGGACACGGAGAUCGCUUCUGUGGAGGAUAUCCACCACCAAAACUCGCGUUGCGCUUGCAAAUGCCCGGAUGUGCAGACCUUUCAAAGCCAAUUCAGUCGCCAGUUUCUCCCGCCCCAAGGCCAUGAAGUCCGUCGCUCCGUGUACAUCAAUUCCAGUGUGGAUCCCCAUCAAUGCGAUUGCGAACAUGUGGUGCUGGUCCUGUUGAGCCUCAGUCAAUUGGAGGCCGAUGCCUUUUGUCCGCGUUGUAAAUGCAACUUCGAGAUCCGAAAUUUAGGCAUGAUCAAGGUGGUGGUGAUUCUCGUCAUCUGGAUCAUUAUGAUCCUCUUGAUCUACAUGGCCUUUCUCUUGUGUCUGGAGCCACUCUUGAGUCAGAAAUUGCCGGGGAUCAAUUAUCGGGAACAUCACAACGCCCCGGAGACAGAGGAUGAAGAUAUAGACAUGGGCGAGCAUCUGGCCCAUGGCACGCCCAUGCGCGCCUAUCGAUCCUCGGUCAUCAAUCGAAUGGAGAACCAACAAUCCAGGUGGAAGAAGCAAGUUGAGGAACAAAGGCGGAACAUCUAUGAUCGCCACUCCAUGUUGAAUUGAUAUGUGAAGAUG